AUGGAGGCCGUUGCUAUACAUGAUGUCGAUGCGACAGCAGAAGACGAGCUUGCAUUUAAAAAGAAUGAUGUACUUAAGAUAUUAUGUAUGAAUGAGCAAUACUGGUAUAAAGCAGAAUUAAACGGAAAAGUAGGAAUUGUCCCCAGCACUUCAGUUGAAAUGAGAGAUUACGACUGGUUUUUUGGUCCAAUAAAUCGUGAAAAAGCAGAAGAAAUUUUACUUGAAAGAAAAGCAGAUGGAACCUAUUCUCAACCAGAUGGUGCUUUCUUAGUAAGACAUGAUGAAAGUUCUGAAGGGAAAUUCUCUGUUUUAGUCAAAUUGGGUGAGUCUGUCCAACAGUUUAAAGUGCUCUCAGAUAACACGGGAAGAUAUUCCAUUUGGGGGAAGAAGUUUAACUCCUUGAAUCAGGUUCUAGAGCACCACAGAACUACCUCUGCCAGUACAACGCGGACAGUUCUCCUUAAAGACAUGUUUUAGAGUCCAACUUAAACUAUUUUCAUUUAAUAAAUUCAUCUUUUUUGUAUCUUUAAAUCUUUUGAGAAGUCCUUACGAAUGGCAGCACCAUUACGUGCUACAUAAUGAUUAAAUGAACAGAAUUAUCACAGUACUGUAUGGAUAGCUUGAUAUUUUGUUUUAUUAUCUGCAUGCAUUUUAUAUUUUGUGUCAGCAUAUUUUUCCAUUGUCAUUACUGCAUAUAAUCGAGGGUCCAUCAAUCUAACAGGACAAAAGAGCGCGCGGCCUUCUGCCUUUAGACGCGACUUCGAACAGAAAGAAUUAUUGUUCUGCUUUAGU